AUUUUCUAGUAUCCUAAUAUAAAGAUGUAAUGUAUUUAUGACAAAUGUCAUAGUAGAUAAGUCUUCUUACAGUCUCAAGGACUGACUCGUACAACUUAUUAUGUACUAGAAAGCCUACAGUGGUAAUGUAACAGGGAGGAAGCUAGUAGUAUUCUUUGAAAAAAGGUUUAAUCGCAUCCAAAAAUAUCCAUUCCAACCGAACAUAUAGCCAAUUUAAAUGUAUAGUAAAACACUUUAACACAAGGUAAUUAUCACAAAACUGAUCAAAAUGCCACUUACUUCCAACAAUCAUUGCACACAUAAAUACAACAAUAAUCUUUAGAAUUAUAGUCAGUGAGCGCUAACACCCAACAAGUCAUCUUUUGAUGAAAAAUCGUUGAAAUGGAGAUUUGCUAUCAAAUCAUGUGGUGAUAUCUUUGCAUUUGGAAUGUAUGCUAUUUUUGUUCAAAAAUAAGUGCAAAGUAACAAAUUUUGAGUUUCGAGCAGUAAGUAUAACGAUUUCAUUUUGAUAAUCUAGAUGGUGAAGAUUUUGAAUAAAAUGUCAACACAUUUGGUGAAAAUUUCAGUAGAAUAUUAUAAAACUGUUACGUAGACGUGGAAUCAGCUCAUCUUCAAACACGUGCAUCUUCUCUUUAGUGAGUAGAUAAAUCUCAAUAGUUUGCUACCAUUUAUCACCAAAAUCUAAUUGGUUAUUAUGAAUUACUGAAACUCAUGUGUUUGAUAGUUGUGUAAGAUCAUGGAGCUUCUUGAUGUAUUUGUCAAAUCGAUUAGCUCCGACACUCAUUAUAGUCAGCUAACAUUGUUUCAGUUAUGAUGCAUUCAUUGCGUCUAAAUCCUGCAGAGACUGCUUCUUGAACUAGAAAACAUAUUUUUUCUUUGAUUCUUAAAUUGUUUGUUAUUUAUAUUACUGGUUAUAACCUUAGUUAUCAUGCUUGCUGGGCGUACAAUAUUCAUAUCUGGAGCAUCUAGAGGGAUUGGUGAGGCUAUUGCAGUCAAGUGUGCCCGUGAUGGUGCAAAUGUUGCAAUUGCCGCUAAAACAGCAGAACCACACCCUAAACUUCCUGGGACAAUCUAUACUGUUGCUGAAAAAAUAGAAGCAGCAGGUGGCAAAGCAUUGCCUUGUUUGGUAGAUAUAAGGGAUGAGCAUGCAGUGAAAAAAGCGGUACAGGAAACAGUUGAUAAGUUUGGUGGUAUUGACAUUUGCAUCAACAAUGCCAGUGCUAUUUCUCUCACCGGAACAGCAGAAACUCCCAUGAAAAGGUUCGAUUUAAUGAUGGGAAUCAACACUCGCGGGACCUACGCGGUUACACAAGCCUGCCUUCCGUAUCUAAAGAAAAGUACACACGCUCACGUGCUCAAUAAUGCUCCCCCUCUUAAUAUGAGUCCUAUUUGGUUUAAAAACCAUGUUGCCUACACAAUGGCUAAGUACGGGAUGAGUAUGUGUGUUCUUGGUAUGGCUGAGGAGUUUAGAGAUUACAAAAUAGGUGUAAACGCAAUAUGGCCAGCAACAGCCAUAGCAACGGCAGCUGUAGACAUGUUGGGUGGAGAUGCGAUGAUGAACUCCUCCAGAACUCCGGCUAUCAUGGCCGACGCUGCGUAUGCUAUGUUGUGCCGCGAUCCAGCAAAGUUCACUGCUAAUUUCUGUAUAGAUGAGGAGAUAAUGAAAGAAGAAGGAGUGACAGAUUUGGAUCAAUAUGCCCAUUGUCCAGGAACACCUUUAUCACCAGACUUCUUCAUUGGUGAUAGCUACCCAGUCCCUGACCCUGAAACUGGUGUCUCCUUGGGGCAGAAGUCUGCUGGUGGAAUAGGAGCAAUGAUGGACAAAUUCAGACCACUCCUAACCCCAGAAGUCAUGCAUAAAACAAAUAUUGUUUUUGCGUUGAAUUUCGGAGAAGGAGAAAAUUGGACCUUCGACAUGAAAGAUAAAGGCACCAUCUCUAACAACGACGACACUCCAGCUGAUGUGACUUUCCAAAUGACGGAGGAAGUAUUUCUCAAGAUAGUCAAGGGAGAGAUACAGUCUACAGCCGCCUUCAUGUCUGGUCAGAUGAAAAUAUCUGGUAACCUGAUGCAGGCUAUGCAGUUAGAAGGUCUCUUCAAGCAGAUGAGAACGAAGCUUUGAAAUGGGUCAAACAUCGGACUUAUUUGGAAAUAAGACAGUUAUUGAUUUAGCUGUUUCAUGUCCUAAUGUGAUUGGCAGAAUGAUAGCUGCUUUUAAUUAAGAUUAUAAAUAUAUGUUUAUCAAACCGAAUCUUACUUGAGGAAAAGGAGUUGAUGACCCCUACUCCAGAGUUCAGAGGAAUUUGUGAUUUGGAAUAUUUUGCUAAGUAAUGUGGGUUAAACACACUUUCUACCCUUAUUAAGAUUCUGUUUUAUAGAAUUGAAUCACAAUUAA